CCGUUUACAGUCGGUCCCGCCCAGUGGAAGACGCGUGACGCCACCGCGCUGUCCGGUUUCGGGCGCACCGAGGUGAGCUGAGAAGGCGGAAGAGUUACCGGGAGGCGGCCGCUCAUACCAGCGCUCAUGGGGCUGUCGGGGAGUGACGACGUUAAUGCUCGGGAGGGCGAGGAGGAGAUCACGUCAAAGGAGAUUGCUAUCCCCCUCGGUGAGCACCCUCUCCAGUUCCGCUACACCUUCUGGUAUUCCCGCAGGACUCCCUCCCGGCCGGCAAGCACUCUGAACUAUGCAGAGAACAUCCGUCCGUUUGGCACAGUGGCCACAGUGGAGCAGUUCUGGAGGGUGUACAGCCAUCUGGUGCGUCCCGGAGACCUGAGCGGAUACAGCGACUUUCACCUCUUUAAAGAGGGAAUCAAGCCCAUGUGGGAGGAUGAAGCCAAUAAAAAUGGAGGUAAAUGGAUCAUACGCCUAAGGAAAGGUCUGGCCUCUCGGUUCUGGGAGAACAUCAUCCUGGCUAUGGUGGGGGAGCAGUUCAUGGUGGGAGAAGAGAUCUGUGGAGUAGUUGUGUCUAUUCGAUUCCAGGAGGACAUCCUCUCCAUCUGGAACAAGACAGCCAACGAUCAGCUGAGUACAGUCCGCAUCCGAGACACCCUACGGAGAGUCCUCAACCUCCCACCAAACACCAUCAUGGAGUACAAAACUCACAAUGACAGUCUGAAAGACAACUCAAGUUUCAGAAAUACAAAACUGACUCUAUAGCACGCGGUCCGUCUCUUCUUGUACACGGGUGCGCGUCGCCACACACUGUCCGGGAAGAUCCGUCAUAUUAGAUCCUGGGAACCCAGACCUGGAAUCGGAACGUAGCUCUGCCGCGCUUUGGUCAGGCCAUUUCAGAAAAUCUUGGCGGUUCUUCGAGUCUUCACCAGGAAAAAACUCCAUCAAUGUCAACUCAACGGAGAAAAACUGUCAGCCGGGUUGUCAGAAGUGUCCAUCGGUGAAUAAUAUUAAGCUGAUAUUUUUCUUGCAAAAUUAAAAUAAUAAUUUACAAUAAAAUAUUUUUGUGCGGUUUUCCACAA